GCAAACUCCUUCUCACAGUGAGUUUAUGUUUUCGCAUACUUGCUAUAUGAUAUCGGUUGGGGUCAUCUCCGGGAGUUAAGAAUUUGGCAUAGCUGAGAUUCUAAGCGGCAGUUAUCAAAUAUGGCGUCGUCGUUCCGAGCAUUCUUGAACAGUCCAGUUGGUCCAAAAACAACUCACUUUUGGGGACCUGUUGCAAACUGGGGCUUCGUUGCCGCUGGAUUGGCGGAUAUGAACAAACCUCCAGAAAUGAUUUCUGGCAACAUGACAGCAGCAAUGUGCGUUUAUUCUGCAUUGUUUAUGAGAUUCGCAUGGAUGGUACAGCCUCGCAACUAUCUACUUUUGGCAUGCCAUGUCUCAAAUGAGACUGUCCAACUCUAUCAACUUUCUCGCUGGGCAAGGGGUCAGGGGUGA